AUGUUUCUGCAAACAGGGGAAUUGUGCAGAAAGGGAUUAACCAAGGUUAGAGAAUUGAGUAUUAAUGGAUGUAAGGAGCUGAAGUCUUCAUUGAAGAAUAAGGCUGGAUUAUUGCGGCAGUUGACUUCUCUUGACCGUUUGAAGAUCGAAGGCAACUCUCCUCUAGUUGAAGAAUUGGGAAAAGAAGCAGAGGAGUUGCUGCAAUUACAAAUAUUGGAGUGCAAGCUUGAAUGUCUGGAGUUAAACAAGUGCGAAAAUCUUUUAAAGUUACCAAAAGGGUUAAAUCAGCUAUCGUCUCGUCAAGAGCUUCGCAUACACGAAUGUUCAAGUCUAGUUUCUUUUCCAGAUGUUGGUCUGCCACCUUCUCUUAAAGUUAUCGAGAUUACCGACUGCCAUUCGUUGAUAUAUUUGGCAAAACAUCAGAUUCCCCAAAAUCUCAGAAGAAUAGAGAUAAGUGAUUGCAAAAAUUUGUUAUCACUAGUAGAUGAGGAGGCUGUUGGUUCUUCCCCGUUGUCUUCUUCUUAUAGUUGUCUUGAGUACUUGAAAAUCGAUGGAUGUGAAUCUUUGACAUCGUUAUCAUUGAGUGGCCAACUUCUCAGGACACUUAAACACCUUCAGAUAAUAGAUUGUGACCGACUGGAGCUAAUCACAGAGGACGGGUUCUUCCGUGACAACACCAAUUAUUGUCUUGAAUAUAUUAAGAUCUGGAAGUGCCAAAAUCUGAAAUCCUUACCGGAUGGCUUAUGCCACCUCAGCAAUCUUCAAACUCUAAUUAUUAGAUUAUGUGGAAGUCUUGUUUCUUUCUCGAGACUGAGUGGGGGGAAAAGACCCUCCAACCUGAGAGAGAUCAGUAUCAGAGAUUGUGACAAAUUGGAGGCGUUGCCGGAAGACAUGCACAAUCUCAACUCUCUUGAGAAAUUGAAAAUCGACUACCGUGAAGGUUUGACUUUUCCUCCCAACCUCACGUUUCUUUCAAUUAAGAAGGUCAAGAGCUGCAAGUCAUAUUGGGAGUUGGAGUGGGGGUUGCACAGACUCCCCUCUCUUAGAAAUUUAUGGAUCAGUGGUGAAGACCCGGAUACGGUGUCGUUUCCACCCGACAUGGUCCGGAUGGAGACGCUCCUUCCCAAAUCUCUCAUUGACCUCACAAUAGAAGGCUUCCCGAAUCUGAAGAAACUGAGUAGCAAGGGCUUUCAAUUCCUCACCUCCCUUCAAUCUCUGAAACUCUACAAUUGUCCAAAGCUAGCAUCCAUUCCAGUGGAGGGUCUACCUCCUUCACUGGAGCAACUUCUCAUCACAGGGUGUCCAGUGCUAAAAGAGAGAUGUCAACCAGGAAAAGGACGCUACUGGCACAAAAUAUCUCACAUCCCUUCCAUAGAGUUAAAUUUGACAGAUUUUGGGGUUUCACUGUUUCAGUAUGGGAUGCUUCAUGGUUUUGGGAUUGCGGUGUCUGACGCAGUAGGGCUGGACGUGGGAUCUCAGGUUGAGUUGAGUGAGCAGGAUAGUUUUGUUGAAGAAUAUGAUUUCCUGGCCUUGGAGGCAGAGGACUGGGCAAAUUGGGAAUCUGGUGAGGUGGAUUGA